AUGGCUGAAAUAUAUGCAAACGUUCAAUCCGACAACGGCUCCAUAACAGAUCAACAUGCCCUGAGGGAAUGGAGCAGACGGUAUAUGGAUGCAUUGGCAGAUAUCAAAGAUUUGAGGGUUGGUCCUAGACUAGCAAGUCUAAUGACAGCAGCGGGAUUGCAAGAUGUCGACAUGAGAAUGAUUCAGCUGCCAUUAUCUGCGUGGUCAACUGACCCCCGCAUGCGUCAAAUCGGUGCUGCAAAUCGAAACAAUGUUCAUCAACUCCUAGAAUCGGUAGCGCUGUAUCCAUUGACGCAGCGUGUGCAUAUGUCUCACGAUGAGUUCAGCACUCUGAUCAACCGAGCUAGAGCAGAGGUUGACGACCAUAACUUGAAAGCUUAUUUUCCAUUGUAG